UAGAUUUCAAUCAAAAUUAAUUCUUUGAUGAUUUUUCUAUCUAGAGAAUUUUUAAGAGCUUAAAGAGUAAAUGAAAAUUGAAGAAAAUUUGGAUUUUAUAUCCAUUUACUUGACUUGGACUGAUAAUAUUUGUUAGGAUUCUCAUCUAGGGUGAAUCCAGAUUUCGAAGUCAAACCUUACCACCAAGCCAAAAUGGUUCUUGAGAUCAUCUGGGAAUAUACCUAGUAAAGUCUGUUCCGUGAGUUAAAAUAUCUCACCCAAGUGAAGAAUUCCCUCGAAGGCCUGAGAACGAUUCUGAUUCAUCGCAGAGUUCUGACCUUAGAGAGUCUAGUACAGCACAACGUCUACAGCACAUUAGUAUGUCUACAGCACAAACACAAACUGACUUUUCUGAAGAUGAAGCUGAUGAUUUUACUAAUACACUUUUAAACUCCAGCGACGAAAAUUAUGUUUUGGAUAUGGAUAGAGCGUCUUUGCGCUCAUUGGAAGAUAUAUCAGCUGGAGAUUUGAUUAGGAAUAGAAAGUUGUCAUCGAAAAGACAAAAGAGUCUUUUAAACAGGAAAACAUCAUCUUUGAAAUCAUCUUCGACCGGGAGUGCUUCUCCUCUGGAUUCCCCUGCAGAAUGUUCAACCGCGAGUGCUUAUCCUUCGAAUUCUUUGGACAGACUUUUGACCAGGAGUGAUUCUUCCUCGAAUCCCCUGGAACGACCUUCAACAGAGAAUGCUUUUACAGAUCCUCUGGAAGGUCCAUCGACCAGGACAGUUUAUUUUUCGAAUUCAGCAGAAGAUUCUGUGAUUAGUGUUUGUCAAGUGCCAUGCUCAGAAACUGUCCGUAAUGAAAAUCCAAAUGAGCAAAAUUGGCUUGGAUAUUGGCGUCGAGAAGGAGCUCGGUGGGAAAGUUUUUUAAUACCUCUCACAAGACAAAUUAGAAAUUCUGUUUAUUUUCCAUUGUUCCAAGUGGCUUUAUUAGCCAUACCAUAUUCAGCAGGUUAUAUGGGUUUGAAAUAUCUUAACCUCUGUCGUGGGUGUCCAAGGUUAUCAGUCCUCACGUUUGUGAAUGCGCUCUUUGGAAUAUUAAUCAUGAUUAUGAGAAUAGCAGCCGCUCUGUCGAGGCGUUACUUUGCACCUCAUCUGAAUGGGCUUGAGUUGCAUCAUCCCGUGACAGCACUAAGCAUAACUUAUUUUCUUUUUCACGCAUUUGCUGUGGCUAUUACUGUCACCUGCGAACCAAAUUUCAUCGACCCUGGCAGCAAAGAAUUUUGCAUCAAGGUGUUUUACGACUAUACUUUAAUAGUGAAUAUUGUUUUGCCGUUGGUCAUCCUGUUGAUGUGUCUAAUCAACGUACCUGCAUGGUUCGACGAAUCAGAAACUGAAGAUUUUAAUUUUUGACAGAUAAUUAAUAGAUGCAUUUUAUUAAAUGCAUUUUUUAAAAAUAAUUUUACAAAUGUUUUAGAAUCUUAAGCUUGUUUAUUAAA